UUUUGUUCGACUGGUAUAAAUUGUGAAUCUCGUAAAGUCGUUGAAAUUGAUAUUGCUGAAAUUAAAUCGUUUUGUUUAUUCAAGUCUAGCUGCGUAAAAUUAACUGGUACAUUACUAUGGACAGAAAAGUUUGUGCUAGGAUAUAAUUCUGGUGUAGUAAAUGUGCUUAAAUUAAUUCUGUUUCGAAUUCUUGUUGAAUAUGUAAGGUUUUUGUUUGCUUUCUUUGCAGUCUCAAAUCUAGCAGGAACGUAG